AUGGGGUACUCGGUUAUCAAUAUAAGGAGUCGGGACAGGACGAAGCUGCUGUUCGACACGUUGUGCGUCUUGACGGACCUUCAGUACGUGGUUUAUCACGCGGCUAUCAGUUCGCACGGCUCGACUGCCUUCCAGGAGUACUAUGUGAGGCACAAAGAUGGGCACGUUAUGAUUUCAGAGUGUGAGAAGCAUAUGGUGACAAAGUGUUUGAUUGCUGCUACAGAGAGAAGGGCUUCUCAUGGGUUGCGUGUGGACAUCUGCACGAAAAACCGAACCAGGCUGCUAUCGGACGUGACACGAGUCUUUCGGGAGAACGGGCUUUCGAUAAAGCGGGCCGAGAUUGGGGUGAGGGGGGACAAGGCAGUCGGGACUUUCUACAUGAUGGGCGAUAACGUAAAUAUGGAAAUAAUUGAGGCGAUUAGGCAGGAAAUCGGUGGAGACGUAAUGUUCGAGAUUAAGUCGGGAGGGACGACACCCGAGGUGUCGCCAACUAGGACGAGCACGAACAGCAGCAUGAGUAGCAAUGGGAUUGAAGAGCGGCCGAGAUUCUCGCUUGGGAACUUGCUGUGGUCGCAGCUCGAGAGGCUGUCCAGCAAUUUCCGGCCAAUAAAACCGUGA